CGCGGACCCUCGGCGCGGGAGCGGCCCGCCGUGCGGCACACCAAGGCCCGAGCCCCAAGCCCGCGGAGACCCUGCCCGGCCACCGGCGACCCCCGAGGGGCGGACGCCGGCCAAGAGAAAGUCAAGGAAUCUUCCCACUGAGGGGGCGUUGAGCGCUUCCGGCGUCCCGCUCCGCCCUGUCAGGUGACCCCGCGGGACGGACAGAACCUGAGGCUCAGGAAUCUUCGCCGCUCUGGUGACAGGAGCCAGCAAUGCUGCCCAAGCCGGGCGUCUAUUACUUCCCCUGGGAGGUCAGUGCCGGCCACCUCCCUGACGGCAGCACACUGAGGACAUUCGGCAGGUUGUGCGCCUACAGGAUGUCCGAGUCCAGAGUGACGCUGACAGCUCUGCAUGAAUCCCAGCAACAUGAAGUUCUGGUCUGUAGCAAGCUGGUGGAGCCCUUCCACGCCCAGCUGGGCUCACUCUACAUCGUCCUGGGCGAGCUGGAGCAUCAGGCAGAUGGCAGUGCCGUGGUGAAGGCCCGGGUGCUGACCUGCGUGGAGGGCCUGAAUCUGCCCCUACUGGAACAAGCCAUCCACGAGCAGAGGGAGUACCAGCAAGAGAGACUCAGUGGCCACUAGGCUGCGGCUGCUCUCCCUCCCUCUUCUACUCCCCCUCCCCCAGCAUUCCCCACUGGAGGGGAUCACCCCCCGCCCCGCCCCGCGUUUGUUAUUGUCCUAGAAAUGACAGCCUGUAGAGCAGCCUCAAGAUGUGACACCCAGAGCCUGCAGGGGAACACACUUUGCAGGACUGGGACCGAGUCUCCCGUGGGCUUCUGGAAACUUCCAGAAGCUCCCUGUGAAAAAUAAAGGCCCCCCAGAGGGCGUGACCUCCCAGUGUGCGUGUGGUGCAGUCCCGGCUGAGUCCAGAAGGGGCGCCGCGGAACAGCCCGCGCUUCUGACAGGCUGCAGCUUGCUCCGGUUUUCUGGUGACUUCUGGACUGGGGA